AUGGAUGGAGCAGCAGACGCACUGCUGGCUCAGGAGACAGCAGCAAAGGCCGCCGCCCCCUCUGCCCUUCCUCCUUCCGCUGCUGUUACGACCGCCCCUCCUCCUCCUCCCAGUGGUGGUGCUGCCUCUGCUGAGGUAACAGCAGGCAGGAGUGUACGGCAUCAGUUAGGAGAGAAGAAAGAUCAGGGAGGGGGAGUGGAGGAGAGGGCGGUGAUGGAGCAGCUGUUGCUGCUGUACCCACGGGUGGACCGUGACUCGCUCCUGCAAGUGCUGCGCGCCUGUGCCGGCUCCCUCAGACUCCAGAAUCACCUCCCAACGCCCGCUCUUCCCCUCCCCCAUUCCCCUCUCCCCCAUGUCUUGGCAGCGACACGUGUGCCUUUCUGUUGCACACAUGGGCGGUUGCACCCCUUUCCCUCCCCUUUUCCUCUCAGUGACACGUGUGCCUUUCUUGACAGCUCAGAGGUGGCAGCAGAAGCAGAAGCAGCCGCCCGAGGGGGCCGUCCCCCCUCUCCCCCCAAGUCCUCCGAGCGGCAUCGCGAGGCGGCGUUUGAGAGGAGGAGGAUGAUGCAGUAUUACUUCCGAGAGGCUAGUGAGGCGUGGAGGCGAGGGGAGAGGCAGCGAGCAGCAGCCCUUGCAGACAAGGUGGGGUCUGGUCUCUUGCAGCCCAUAAGGGCGGCAGAGCAGCAGGUGGAGGUGGAGAGGGCAGCAGGGCGGCAGGCGCAGGAGGCGAUGCAGAGCAAGGUGCGCGAGCUGGUGGACGAGGUGCGGGGGCUCACAACAGGACCCACAACUCCCACCUGCGCCACAACCUCGCCAUCCUGCACGCCUCCAUCACCGUCAACAAGAAAACACUCUUUCUAA